CAUGGUAGGUGACGUGUCUAAUCUACAGGAAGCCGGAAGAGACUGUGUGAGCUGUCGGUUGGAACUUUGAGUGUGAGCUGAGAGCUCUUCUUUUCCUUCGUUCUUAAUCUUCUGACCAAGCAGCUUCCAGGUACCGUAAGGUCACCAUGGGGCAAACACCCGUCCAACUUCUUCUGUUGCUGGUCGCUAUAGAAUUGUACUCCGGUCCCACAGUUGCGUUUUACCUACCGGGUCUCGCUCCUGUCAGCUUUUGUGAGAAGGAAGACCUUGUUCGGGACUGCAAGGUUAAUAUUGAGCUUUUUGUGAAUAGGCUGGACUCUGUGGAAUCCGUGCUACCUUAUGAAUAUACUGCGUUUGAUUUUUGUCAAGAGGAGGGAAGGAAACGGCCAACUGAAAACCUUGGGCAGGUUUUGUUUGGUGAAAGAAUAGAACCCUCUCCCUAUAAGUUUAAGUUUAAAGAAGAGAAGAAAUGUGUUCCAGUUUGUACAAAGAAAUAUAGUACCUCGGAUACAAGCAGUAAACAGAAAUUGGACUUUUUGAAAAAAAGUAUGCUCCUGAACUAUCAACAUCAUUGGAUUGUUGAUAAUAUGCCAGUUACAUGGUGCUAUGAUGUUGAAGAUGGACAGAAAUUUUGUAAUCCAGGUUUUCCCAUUGGAUGUUAUGUCACUCAAGAUGGUCAUCCUAAAGAUGCAUGUGUGAUAAAUGCUGAGUUCCGUGAAAAGGAUACCUUUUAUAUCUUCAACCAUGUGGACAUAAAAAUCCAGUACCAUGUUGUGGAAAAUGAGGGUCAAGUGGCAAGACUGGUUGCUGCAAGGCUAGAACCCAGAAGCUUUAAGCACACACACACUGACAAGCCAGAUUGCUCUGGACCUCCCAUGGAAAUUAAAAACAACUUUGCAGGAGAAGUCAGUAUUCCUUAUACAUACUCCAUUUCUUUUCAGGAAGAAAAAAACAUCCGAUGGGCAUCAAGAUGGGAUUACAUUUUAGAAUCUAUGCCUCACACACACAUCCAAUGGUUCAGUAUUAUGAAUUCUUUAGUAAUUGUCCUAUUCCUGUCUGGUAUGGUUGCCAUGAUCAUGUUGAGAACAUUACAUAAAGACAUUGCAAGAUAUAAUCAGAUGGAUUCUACAGAAGAUGCUCAGGAAGAGUUUGGUUGGAAACUGGUUCAUGGUGAUAUUUUCAGGCCCCCAAGAAAAGGCAUGCUGCUUUCAGUUUUUCUAGGCUCUGGAACACAGAUUUUAAUCAUGACAUUUGUCACACUGUUUUUUGCAUGCCUAGGAUUUUUGUCUCCUGCCAACAGAGGAGCUCUAAUGACCUGUGCUGUUGUUCUGUGGGUAUUACUUGGAACGCCAGCAGGUUUUGUUGCUUCCAGAUUUUACAAAUCAUUUGGAGGAGAGAAGUGGAAAACAAAUGUCUUGCUCACAUCGUUCCUUUGUCCUGGGAUUGUGUUUGCUGACUUCUUUUUGAUGAACUUAAUUCUUUGGGGAGAAGGAUCCUCUGCAGCGAUGCCAUUUGGUACACUUGUGGCAAUACUUGCAUUGUGGUUUUGCAUUUCUGUCCCACUCACAUUCAUUGGUGCUUACUUCGGCUUUAAAAAGAAUGCAAUCGAACACCCAGUCAGAACCAAUCAGAUCCCACGUCAGAUUCCGGAGCAAUCAUUCUACACAAAGCCAUUACCUGGCAUCAUAAUGGGAGGAAUUUUGCCCUUUGGGUGCAUCUUCAUACAACUUUUCUUCAUUCUUAAUAGUAUUUGGUCACAUCAGAUGUAUUACAUGUUUGGAUUCCUGUUUCUGGUGUUUAUCAUUUUGGUCAUUACGUGUUCUGAGGCAACUAUACUGCUUUGCUACUUUCAUCUGUGUGCAGAGGAUUAUCAUUGGCAAUGGAGGUCAUUCCUCACAAGUGGCUUUACAGCAAUUUACUUUUUUGUAUAUGCAGUGCAUUAUUUUUUCUCAAAAUUGCAAAUUACAGGGACUGCAAGCACCAUUUUAUAUUUCGGUUAUACUAUGAUAAUGGUCCUUAUAUUCUUCCUCUUCACAGGUACAAUUGGAUUCUUUGCUUGCUUCUGGUUUGUAACGAAGAUUUAUAGCGUCGUUAAAGUUGAUUGAGAACUGAUGUCAUGAAACCAAGCAUUUGUUUUCGAUUACUGGGAAUAGAAUUUGAACACUUUAUUCCUUGGCAGUAUUGUCAAUAUUGCACCAUUUUGUUUUUAAACUAAAUAUUUUUUUGGUUAAAAAGAUUUUUUUGCAUUGAAAUAUUCUUUGCGGAGCCAAUUAAAGGAUUGUAUUUGUUUGUAAAUAUAAUAACUACACACUAAUUCAUAUUGACACUUCUCAUGGCGUACAGAUGUGGAUGUGUAAAACAGAUAUGAAUAAUAUACAGCUGUAAAUACAGUUUUGCUUUUAGACUCCAGAUGAAAUUAAUAAUUGUUAGACUGAAAAAAGAUUAAUCACAGUUUCAAAACUUUGUUUUCUAAAAUAUAUUUCCCUUUGAUCUGGUUCAGUUUUAUUUUUUAUAUUUGGUGAUACCUGUUCUUAUUAUCACUUUCUUUGUUGUCUUUAUUAGUUUUAGUGAUUGAAACCUUUAAAACUAUGUGCCUCUGAGUCUGUCUGAAUUUUUAAAUUUAUAAUCUUAAUAAAUAUUGUAAAAAUGGUGUAUGUAUGCUUGUAUUUUCUCCCCAAUGGCAAACUUCCAAAGAGAACUUGGGAUGCGCACAUCUUUGUAUUUCCUUUGCAAAAUAAAAAAAUUGUAAAGAA